CAAAAUGUUGAUAUAUCUGUUAUUUAUUCCAAUUUUUUUACUUCAAAAUGUCCAAGCUCAGUUCGGUGAUUACAAACAAGACUUCGGGUAUGUGGAAGUUAGAACAGGUGCCCAUAUGUUUUAUUGGCUAUAUUAUACCACGGCUGACGUAAGCAACUACACAGAGAGACCAUUGAUAGUUUGGCUUCAAGGCGGGCCUGGAGGUUCAUCCACAGGUACAGGAAAUUUCGAGAUUUUGGGCCCCCUUGAUUUGUCUUUACAAGAGAGGAACUAUACGUGGAUUAAAAACUUCAAUGUUAUCUUCUUGGACAAUCCUGUCGGGACAGGUUUCAGUUACGUCGAUGACUUAAGCCUUCUUACAACCACUAACGAUGAAAUCGCACAAGAUUUCGUAAAACUUAUGCAAGGUUUCUACACCAAGCAUCCAGAAUUUGAACCAGUACCACUAUACAUUUACGGACAGUCUUAUGGGGGAAAAAUGGCCGUAGACAUGGGUAUCCGUAUGCGAGAAGCUGAACAAAAUGGAACUAUCCGAUCUAACCUUCGAGGAAUCGCAAUGGGUAAUGCUUGGAUAUCUCCCGUUGAUGCGACUUUAACCUGGGGCCCUCUAUUGCUGGCUGCUGGCCUAAUAGAUGAAAGUGGGUAUGAAGAUAUUCAAUUGCAAGCCAGAGAAGCCGAACGAUUAUUUAACGCUGGUCAAUACUACGCAUCGACUCGACAAUGGGCACAAACACAGUCAGCGGUGUUCCGAGCUACCACUAGUGUUGAUUUCUAUAACAUUUUAACAAAAAUGUCCUCUUCACCGGACACUCCUAGAAAAGUUGAAGAAUUUUUAAUCAAUAUGAUGAUAACGGAUAUAUCAUAUGGGGCCCCAGGACGGCAACAAUAUGACCUCGGGACGUUGAUGAAUACACAAGUUAAACAAGCACUUAGGAUACCAGAAAAAGUGGUCUGGGCAUCACAAGCCAAUAAUGUAUUUGAUACAUUGCGUACCGAUUUUAUGAAACCAGUUACUGACGGCAUUGAAAAACUAUUAAACGAAACGAAUAUAAUUGUGACAAAGUAUAAUGGAAACUUGGAUCUGAUUUGUGAUACUCCUGGUCAAAUACUAUGGGUAGACCGCCUCAAGUGGCCCGGAGCUGAAAAUUAUAAAAAUGCAACGAGGCAACCAAUAUGGGAAAACAACAAAUUAGAGGGAUACUAUAAGAGUUAUGGUAACUUUAGAUUCUUCUGGAUUAACAAGGCUGGACAUAGCGUACCAAGAGACAACCCAGCUGGAUCCAACGCAUUUCUGCGAGACAUGACGUCAUUCGGUUAAAAAUCGCAAAUAUUGUAUUAUUUUUACCUUGCCCUAUUUAACACAAUACGCUUCUUUUCAAGUAUUAGAAAUAAACAAGAUAAUCUAAAUGCUUGUCCUUUAUCUAAGUCACUGUAUAAAAUUAAAAAAUAUUCAUACAUUUUAAUCUCUAUUGUAUAAAAAAACUUGUUGAUAUUACACAUUUUACUGUUUAUCGAAAAACCCAGAUAAAAUGUAGUUACAGUACAAUACAUUAUAAAUUUCAUGUAAUAUAUUAAUAUAACAUAAAAGUCUUGAUCAUCAAUAACGUUAAAUAUGGGAAGUUUAGCCAUACCUCGAAGUCUAUUGCGUUUGUUUUUUGUUAUAGCCAAUGUAGGCAGUUUCGUUAGACAUCAGCCAUUAAAUUUAUGGAUUACUAUUUCGUCAGAAAUGGAGCUCGAGUAUACAAUGGUAGCUAUAUUAUGACAAUCAACUAAUAAAUACCGUUCUGAUUUA